GUUUUAAUUUUGCAUGAUUUCCCUCCAGUUUUUUCCACAUGCACGCGCUGCUUUCCAUAUCCGCAUAUUUUUUUAAUGGAAAAAUAUCGACCCGCAUUUACUUGAUUUUUAAUUUUCCCCGCUCCACCAGAUACCAGUACCAUCUUUUAAAACACUCAACCAAUCCUCUUCAAACUUCUCCAAUUUCAGAAGAAGAAGAAGAAGAAGAAAAAAACCCCUCCCUCACACUCUUUCUAGGGUUUCACUUCGCGAUUGCAUUCUCGCCGAGGUUGCCUUGAUAUGGAUUCUACAAGUCAGGCAUACCAACAUCGCCCCCUUACCAUCAAAUUAUGGCCUCCUAGCCAGAGUACUAGGCUAAUGCUUGUAGAGCGGAUGACCAAGAACCUUACAACUCCGUCAAUUUUCUCUAGAAAGUAUGGCCUUCUUAGCAAGGAAGAGGCUGAGGAGGAUGCGAAACACAUUGAGGAUGUAGCUUUUGCUACUGCAACCCAACAUUUUGAGAAGGAGCCUGAUGGUGAUGGGAGUUCUGCUGUGCAAAUUUAUGCUAAGGAAUCAAGUAAGCUCAUGUUGGAGGCUCUGAAAAGAGGCCCAAAAGUGAAGGAGGAUGGAGAGUUGAUAACUGAAAAGUCUGGUUCAACUGCUGAAACUGUUUUUGACAUAUCUGGGGGUCGCAGAGACUUUAUUAGUGGGGAGGAAGCUGCAGAAGUUUUGAAACCAUUGACGGGACCAAAGUAUUAUACCAAGAUAUGUUUUAGCAAUAGAAGUUUUGGCUUGGAUGCUGCCCGUGUUGCUGAACCCAUUCUAUUAUCAGUUAAGGAUCAAUUGAAAGAGGUAGAUCUUUCAGAUUUCAUUGCUGGAAGACCAGAAGCAGAGGCUCUUGAAGUGAUGACUAUAUUUUCUUCUGCACUGGAAGGUAGUGUUUUGAGGUAUCUGAACCUGUCAAAUAAUGCCAUGGGUGAAAAAGGGGUUAGAGCUUUUCGGUCACUCCUAAAAUCACAAACUAGCUUGGAGGAGCUUUAUUUGAUGAAUGAUGGUAUAUCAGAGGAAGCUGCAAAAGCAGUUUCUGAAUUGCUUCCUUCCACUGAGAAGCUUAGGGUUCUUCAUUUCCAUAACAACAUGACUGGGGAUGAAGGGGCAAUUGCUAUUGCUGAAAUUGUGAAACAUUCCCCAGCUUUGGAAGAUUUUCGGUGCUCAUCAACCAGAGUAGGCUCUGAUGGUGGAGUUGCCCUUGCUGAAGCACUUGGGGCUUGUAAACAUUUGAGGAAGCUUGACUUGCGUGACAACAUGUUUGGAGAAGAAGCUGGAGUUGCUCUAAGUAAAGUUAUACCUGCAUUUACAGAUCUUACAGAGAUAUACCUCAGUUAUUUGAACCUGGAGGAUGAUGGUGCAGAAGCCCUUGCUAAUGCCCUCAAGGAAUCUGCACCAUCACUGGAAAUUUUGGAUUUGGCUGGGAAUGACAUUACUGCAAAAGCUUCUGCUUCUGUGGCUGCCUGUAUAUCAUCAAAACAAUUCCUCACCAAGUUAAAUUUAUCUGAGAAUGAACUGAAGGAUGAAGGUGCAGUUUUGAUCAGCAAGGCACUGGAAGGAGGUCACGGCCAAUUAAUUGAAGUUGAUUUGAGCACUAACUCGAUCACAUGGUCAGGAGCUAAGCUGGUGGCUGAAGCUGUUGUGGGAAAACCAGGUUUUAAGUUGCUUAACAUUAAUGCUAACUUCAUUUCUGAUGAAGGAAUUGAUGAGUUGAAAAAUAUAUUCAAAAACUCACCUGAUAUGCUGGGUCCUUUGGAUGAGAAUAAUCCUGAUGGAGAAGACACUGAUGAGGAGGCUGAAGAAGAUGCUGAUCAUGAUGAAUUGGAAUCAAAACUGAAGGGCCUUGGGAUUUAGGAAGAUUCGCAGGAACAAACAUGCAACCUUUACUCAAGAUUAAUCUGUAGGCCAUUUAAUAUUUUCAACAGACACACUUGUUUCAUGCACAAUAGCUAGCUUUGAUCUUUGUAUUUUAGAUAUUCUAUUCCAUGACCCGACAUUUUAGAAGUUUACUAGAUGUAUGCUCUUAAUAUAUCUGGCAAAACAAGAAUGGUAUUAGCUGCAGAAAUUUUUGGGUUCUAUUGUGCUUUUGCUGGCAA